AUGAGCACGACGAGCACGACGAGCACGACGAGCAAGACGAGCAAGACGAGCAAGACGAGCAAGACGAGCAAGACGAGCAAGACGAGCAAGACGAGCAAGACGAGCAAGACGAGCAAGACGAGCAAGACGAGCAAGACGAGCAAGACGAGCAAGACGAGCAAGACGAGCAAGACGAGCAAGACGAGCAAGACGAGCAAGACGAGCAAGACGAGCAAGACGAGCAAGACGAGCAAGACGAGCAAGACGAGCAAGACGAGCAAGACGAGCAAGACGAGCAAGACGAGCAAGACGAGCAAGACGAGCAAGACGAGCAAGACGAGCAAGACGAGCAAGACGAGCAAGACGGGCAAGACGAGCAAGACGGGCAAGACGAGCAGGACGAGGAGCAUUCCAGCAGGAUGGUUACACUAG